CAUUAUAUAGGAUGCCCCAUCUGAAAGAACCUCAUUCUUCCCAUUCCCAUCGAAUCGAAACCCUAGUUGCUAAUUUCUUCAUCUCAACGCGCAAUUCAAACAUUCGUCGAUCUGACAGAGCACGUCGUUCAUCCGCUAACAACAACAUCGCUCGCUUGAAGCUUCCUCCGACGGCCUCCACCGCUGCAAGCAGGAUCUAGGGGUGUUUGGUUUCAUCCUCACAGGUUGGAGGAGGUAAUACAAGCUUUGGCCUCGUACCUAACAAAAUCCAAGCCUAUUAGGUAUGGAAGGUCCUACUCGCCAUCAAAUUGUUAUGCCGUUGCCCACAUAUGUGCAUGAAUAUCCAGCUCACAAUUAUAGGGGUAGGACAAUUGAGAGAGAAUCUCCUCAUCAUGGAGUUGAUUAUGGACUAGUUAAAAAAUUAGGUAGAGAAGUAGAGUUGAGUGAAUGGCAGAGAAAGCAGUUUUCUGGUGAAGGUCCGAAGAGAUUUCAAACUUCUAAGACAACAUACAGUCUUAUUAAUGGACAACAGCGUCAAAGUCCAAGAGCUCUAAUUGAUGCAUUUGGAGGUGACAAACGGCUGGGUAGAAAUGGUAUAGACAAGGUUUUGACAACGUCAUGGCAGAAUACUGAAGAGGAGGAGUUUAAUUGGGGAGAUAUGAGUCCAAAAUUAGCAGAACAUAAUACAAAUAAUGGUUAUCUGCAGUCAACUACUGGUUUCACCACGGGAAAGCCAGUUAUCGUUGGAGCUAACGCAAUUUCUUCUGAGCAAGAUACCAGGAAGGGUUGGUCUAGUGGGUCUCAGCUUCCUCCUGUUGAUGAUUCCUCAGUUAUAGCAGAAGAUGCAUUCACCUCUUCAGCUUAUUCUGGUGUAUCACUGGGUCAGGUAUCUGGAUUCCAGAACCCAAUAAAUCAGAGUCAAGGCUCUGGUCAGCGUAUUGAUGCUUGGAAGAUUUCUAGUCAUCCAUCUGUUUCUACCCGACACCCCUUUAAUAUUGAGAACAAAGACUUCAAUAACGGGAACCUACAUCAGUUGCCUAAUCAGCUAGCUGGCCUGCUUUCAUCUAACCCUCAAAACCGAGGACAAGCACCACAACUACAGUUUUUUCCAUCUCAGGAUCCGGCAGCAUCACAAUUUAGUGGGAGCUCUUUUCCAGGACAUGGUGCUGCUAGAAAUACACAUUUGUCAAACGCGCCACCAAAUAUGGCAUUCCCUUUACCCGGCCAAAAUAUGGUGAAUAACUCUUUUCAUUUGCUGGGGGCAGCCUUGCCACCCUUACAUCCAGCCCGACCCCCAUUGCUACCUCAUCCUUAUCCUACUCCUCUUGUUUCAAGUCAGCAGCCAACUGUUCCAUAUUCUAAUUUGAUUAAUUCACUCGUGGCCCAAGGUGUAUUCUCAUGGGCUAAUCCGGUCCCUGCACAGGAUUCUGUUGGAAUUGAGUUCAAUCUGGAUAUUCUGAAGGUUCAUCAUGAAUCUGCAAUCAGUGCUUUAUAUGGUGAUCUCCCUAGACAAUGCAGAACUUGUGGUCUCCGUUUCAAAUGCCAAGAUGAGCACAGUAAUCACAUGGAUUGGCAUGUGACUAAGAACCGGAUGUCUAAAAACCGUAAGCAGAAGCCUUCUCGUAAGUGGUUUGUGAGUGUGAGGAUGUGGCUUAGUGGUGCAGAGGCAUUAGGAACAGAAUCAGCUCCAGGUUUUUUGCGAACUGAUACGGUUGAGGAAAAGAAAGAUGAUGAAGAGUUGGCUGUUCCUGCUGAUGAGGACCAGAAUACAUGUGCAUUAUGUCUAGAACCUUUUGGUAAGUUUUACAGUGAUGAAACGGAGGAUUGGAUGUAUAGAGGAGCUGUGUAUCUUAAUGCACCCAACGGAACAACAGCAGGCUUGAACAGGUCACAAUUAGGCCCCAUCAUUCAUGCUAAGUGCAGAUCUGAAUCUAGUGUGGCUCCAUUUAAUGAUUUUGCGCUGGAUGAAGGGGGCACCAGUGAGGAAGGGAGUAAAAGAAAACGAAUGCGGCAUUGACUUGAGUUGAGCAUUUUUUAGCGCUGUAACUAAUGAGUUUCUGUUUAGUGAAUGCUUUUACAUCAUUUUUUAAGUAGAGCUGAAUCUUUUGUAAAUGCUACAUAUCUGGGAAUUGGCAAGGAUUCAUGCGUACAACUUACUGUCUUAUUUACUGUAUUUUAUGUAACUCGUGCACACAUGAGAGUGCAAAUUUCAGACAUUUGAUCUUUCUUCUUUCGUUAAAUUAAUAAUGCGAGUUAUUUUACUUCCAA